AUGGCCGACGUCGUGGGGCACGCGGUGUCCGUGCACGAGUACGCGCGCCAGUUCGUGGUGAAGGUCACGCACGACGACAGGUACCGGUCGGCCCAGGAGCUCGACCGGGCGGGGCGCUCCCUCUACGCCCUGCUGCGGCAGCUGGCGCAGGACGGCGAUCGCGAGGACGUCCGCGCGACGUUCAAGACGCUGAAGUGCGAGUUUGGAUCUCAGUGGAGGCGGGCGUCGCCCGCGCGCCGCGUGGACGUGCUUGACCGCCUGUUCGCCAUCCUGGACGUGGUGCACAAGGAGUGCAUGAAGAGCGCGCGGCCCGAGGACCUCAAGACGUGGAAGAGGGAGGCCACCGAUCCCCCCGAGGACGUCCCUCUCCCUGAGAUCCAACGGCCAAUUCCCGGAAACGAGCAAGUAGGGAAGAUGGGAUUUUCAUCGCCCCGCCGGGCGCCGGAACGCGGCGAGAAUGGCCGGCAGGGGGGCCAGGAGGCCGCCGCGCCGGCCACGCCCCCGGAGGCCCCGCCUCUGAUGCCCCGGCUGUCCCUGUUGCGCGGCAUGUCGGGGAACCUGAUCAACCUCGACGACGUCGGCGCCGCGUUCUCCCCCAAGGCGGCCUCCAAGCUCGCGUCGAUCGAGUCGGACGCUGACUCCGCGGCGCUCAGCCCGCGGCCCGCCGGCGAUCCGCUGCCAAACCCCCAUUCGAGCAACGGCGGCGCCUGGGUAACCUUCGCGGCUCAAAAUCAAACACCUGGGCCCCUGCGCACGGUAUCCGAGGGUAGUGCGGUGUGGGAGGCGCGAUCCCCGUGGGAAACCGCGGCGCGAGCGGCAGACGGCAUCCCCAACGGCUCGGCCAGGCGUCCCAACCCGCUGGCCAGUCCCUUUGGCGAGAGUCGUCAUCAGGUUUUCGGUCAAGCGCCAUCGGCCGUGGGGGCUGCGGCAGCGAAUGGGGGGCUGAUGGGCUUGCCCGGGACGCCGCCCGGACCCAGGUGCACGGCUCCCACCGCGUCGUCGCACAGGCUUGGGGGGAAACAGAGCGGGAAGGGGGCCCACGGCAUGGCGCACGGGAGGCGGAUGGCGGGUGGGAACAAGGCUGGCCUCGCGCGGCGCCUGUACCAGCAGCCGAUGGAAGCGCUGGAGGCGCUGGACCCGUUGAAUGGGCGGGUGUAG